UCUUCUGACAGUCUUUGGAAAACAGCGAGGAACUUUCCAGCUGAGUAAAGAACAAGAAUGUUUUCAGUGGAGAAGUUUAGAGAUGUGAACGAGCGGCCAACUGCUGCAGCUGAGGAAAUAUGUGACGAUGCUACAAGAGCUGCCGUCGAGGACGAGGCAGAGAUCGACCGUCAGCGCAGAAUGAUGGAUAUCGAUUGGAAACCUCACAUCCUCUUACAAAUAAUAGACGUCCCACAGCAACAUGUGUGUAAGGAGGAGGAGGAUGAGCAGCAGCUCUGUCACCAGGAGAGGAAGUCCAGUCUGGACCAGGAGGAGCCAGAGCCUCCACAGAUGAAAGAGGAGCAGGAGGAAGAGUGGAUCAAACAGGAGGAGACUGACAUGUUGAUAAUGAAUCCCACUAAGGAGGAAGGUGAGCACAGAGAAGCAGAUGGACAACAUGAACACCAGCUCCUUUCUCACAACUCUCAUGUUGCUGAGAAUCAAGAUCCCAAAGAGAACAAGCAGAAAGACUCAGAGAUAACUGUAAAAUCAAAACCAAGACAAAACAGAGAAAGAAAACACACAGGUGAGAGGCUGUAUUCAUGUGAAGUAUGUGGAAAAGGAUUUAAAUCUAAUCAGAAUUUGAAACAACACAUGAUGACACACACAGGUGAGAAGCCUUACUCCUGCAGCACCUGUGGGAAAAGAUUCAGUCGGAAAUCAUUUGUGACUCGGCACAUUCUAACUCACACAGGUACAAAGCCGCACACCUGUGGUACCUGUGGAAGAUCAUUCACACAUAAGUCUUAUCUGAACCAGCACUUAAAAAUCCACUCAGGUGAAAAACCACACACCUGUACAAUGUGCAACAAAUCUUUCAGACGAAAAGGUUCAUUAACAGCCCACAUGAGAACACACACAGGUGAGAAGCCUUACUCCCACAGCACCUGUGGGAAAAUAUUCUGUACAAAAUCAGAUUUGAAUCUGCACAUUCGUACUCACACAGGUACAAAGCCACACAUCUGUGGUACCUGUGGAAGAUCAUUCACUCUUAAAUAUACUUUGGACCAGCACUUACAAAUCCACUCAGAUGAAAAACCACAUGCCUGUACAAUGUGCAACAAAUCUUUCAGACGAAAAGGUUCAUUGACAGGCCACAUGAUGAGACACACAGGUGAGAAGCCUUACUCCUGCAGCACCUGUGGGAAAAGAUUCUUUACAAAAUCACAAAUGAAUUAUCACAUUUUUACUCACACAGGUACUAACCCGUACACCUGUGAUACCUGUGAGAAAUCUUUCAGACGUACAAGUGAUUUGACAGUCCACAUGAGAACACACACAGGUGAGAAGCCUUACUCCUGCACCACCUGUGGAAAAAGAUUCAGUGAGAAAUCAAACUUUAAUUCACACAUUCGUACUCACACAGGUAUAAAGCCAUACACCUGUGGUACCUGUGAGAAAUCAUUCACAAAUAAAUCUAAUUUGGACCAGCACUUAAAAAUCCAUACAGGUGAAAAACCACAUACCUGCACAAUGUGCAACAAAUCUUUUCGACUUAAAGGUCCAUUGACAGUCCACAUGAGAACACACACAGGUGAGAAGCCUUACUCUUGCAGCACCUGUGGAAAAAGAUUUUGUGGGAAAUCAGAUUUGAAGAGGCACAUUCAUACUCACACAGGUACAAAGCCAUAUACCUGUGGUACCUGUGAGAGAUCAUUCACAGAUAAAAAGUCUUUGGACAAGCACGUAAAGAUCCAUUCAGACAAUGAUGGUUAAACUGCAUAAACAUGUGACAGGUCUCUCAGAAUUGGUGCUGACUUGAUGGUUCAUGAGAGAAGAACUGACACUGCUGAGAAGCUGUACCUUUGAUAUCUGAGAUCUGCUAGAAAAGAGACUUUAGCUGCGUUUCCAUCAGGUGGUCUGGUUUGAUUGUUUACGGUUUGGUAUGGUUCAGUACUUAAAACACUGAAGUAGUUUGCAUUUCCAAAGACACCUGUAUCUUUCUUCAUUUCAAUAAUAUGACGGCAUAUAUGAUUGACCUGACGGUUUCACAGAAAACCUUCAGGCUUCAUGAUUCAAGUCCUGCUUUGGUGCUUUCCCUCUCUCUCUCUCUCUCUCUCUCUCUCUCUCUCUCUCUCUCUCUCUCUCCCUCUCCGCGUGCGCACGUUAUCUAAAAUUCACCACACUGACGUCUUGAUUACAGCAUAUUUUUCAAAUGUUUCAGCAUCACGAACAAUUUGAUAAGACUUAAAUUGAUAAUGAAUUGCAUUAAUAACAUAGAAACAUGCUAUUGCCACAGACAGUGACUGAGAGAGAGACUAAAUAGGUUAAAGUUCAUCAUCAUACAGUCAGGA